AUAGUUGGCAGGGCAAUUUUCCUUUUUCCCAAUUUUGUAUUACCUUAUUAAGAAUUUAAUGUCGGUAGGCUGUGAAUGGCCUCACACACCAGCACAGUAGGUGGCAGUGUAUGCAUCUAAAAGUUGGAUGCGAUCUGCCAGCCAAUUCGCUAAGAAGAAGAAGGAAAAGAGGAGAAGAACCAGGAAGCUUUAAAAUUGAAGGAAUUGCUUUGAGAAAAUGUGAGGUGCCACGACUAUUUAACAGUACAGUAGAAUGGACAAGGUGAUCAACUGCUUCAGUAAGAGACCUGAUGCCGUGGCCAGGCUGAUAUGCUUCCCAUGGGCAGGUGGAGGCUCCAUACACUAUGCACGCUGGGGGAAAAUCCUCACCUCCAUUGAAGUGUAUGCUGUUAAACUUCCUGGCCGGGAGGCUCGAGCCAAAGAGCCCUUCUUUCAAAGCAUGGAGCAGAUUGUAGAUGAGGUCAUCAAUGUGCUACUGCCGGUGCUCAAGGAGAAACCGUUUGCCCUCUUUGGCCACAGCUUUGGCGCCAUGACCAGCUUUGCUAUAGCAGAUACUUUGAAAAGAGUCCACAAGCUGGAACCAAUUCACAUCUUCCUGUCUGGUGCCUCUGCACCCUAUUCUGAGAUGCGUAUCCAAGCCCCAAAGAGAAGUGAUUUAUCAGACGAGGAGUUCCUCCAGUGGAUGACCAGGAUUGGUGGGACUCCCCCCGAGUUACUGGCCAAUCCUGAGGUUGUAAAGCUCUUCCUACCUGCGCUGAAAGCCGACCUCCACGUGGUGGAGAACUACAGGUGUGACAGGCCAGAGAGUCCUCUCCUCUCAUGCCCAGUCACAUGCUUCGAUGGAAAGCAGGACAUGCCUCAUGACUUACAAGCAUGGAAAGACAUAUCAUCUGGAGAUUUUGCAGUGCAAAUGCUACCUGGAGCUCACUUUUAUUUAAAAGAUGCAGCCAAUGAGAAGAUCAUAUUGGACUACAUCACAAAGUAUCUGGAGAUGGCGGAAAUGGACUACUUGUAGCUAUGACUGGCACAGUGGCAGUAAAGGAAAUGUAUCAUGUUAUGUUUUCAUUGUAGUAACAAAACCAGUUGUACUUAGUCCAAUAAGCAUUUCAACAGUAGUAUCUAUGCCUUUGAGCAAUAAUGCAAAUGAUGGAAGUAGGGUUUGUUGACUAUGUGAAUCUAGCCAAUGUGUCUAGGAUUUUACGAGUGAUGUAAGCUGUAUUACAGCCUAAAAUGGAAUCCAGAGAGAUUGCCUGACUAUUUCUCAAAUCAAAUAAAUCAAAUUUGAUUGGUCACGUACACAUGAUUAGCAGAUGUUAUUGCGCGAGUAGCAAAAUGCUUGUGCUUCUAGUUCCGACAAUGCAGCAAUAUCUAACAAUUCCACAACAAAUACCUAAUACACACAAAUGUAAGGAAUCAAAUAACAAUAUAUAAAUAUAUGGAUGAGCAAUGAUAGUGGCAUAGCCUAAGAUGCAAUAGAUGGUAUAAAAUACAGUAUAUACGUAUGAGAUGAGUAAUGCAAGAUAUGUAAACAUUAUUAAAGUGACUAGUGUUCCAUUAUUAAAGUGGCCAAUGAUUUCAAGUCUAUGUAGGCAGCAGCCUCUAAUGUACUAGUGAUGGCUGUAUUAACAGUCUGAUGGCCUUGAGCUAGAAGUUUUUUUUCAAUCUCUUGGUCCCAGCUUUAAUGCACCUGUACUGACCUUGCCUUCUGGAUGGUAAGCAAGGUGAACAAGCAGUGGCUCAGGUGGUUGUUGUCCUUGAUGAUCUUUUUGGCCUUCCUGUGACAUUGGGUGUUGUAGGUGUCCUGGAGGGCAGGUAGUUUGCCCCCGGACGCGUUGUGCAGACCACACCGCCCUAUGGAGAGCCCUGCGGCUGUGGGCGGUGCAGUUGCCGUACCAGGCGGUGAUGCAGCCCGAAAGGAUGCUCUCAAUUGUGCAUCUGUUGAAAGUUUGUGAGUGUUUUGGGUGACAAGCCAAAUUUCUUCAGCCACCUGAGGUUGAAGAAGCGCUGUUGCGCCGCCUUCACCACACUGUCUGUGGGAGUUUGUCAGUGAUUUGUACGCCGAGGAACAACUUUCCACCUUCUCCACUGCGGUUCCUUGAUGUGGCUGGGGGGGUGCUCCAUCUGCUGUUUCCUGAAGUCCACAAUCAUCUCCUUUGUUUUGUUGAUGUUGAGUGAGAGGUUAUUUUCCUGACAGCACGCACCCGUGUGGGCCCCCAGUGUUGAGGAUCAGUGAAGUGGAGAUAUUGUUUCCUACUGUCACCACCUGGAGGCGGCCCGUCAGGAAGUCCAGGACCCAAUUGCACAGGGUGGGGUUGAGACCCAGGGCCUCAAGCUUAAUGAUAAGUGAUACGCUUGGAGGGUACUAUGGUGUUGAAUGCUGAGCUAUAGUCAAUAUAGUCCUCUGUAUACCAAUGUUUGUCUCCCAAAUGGCACCUUAUUCCCUUUUAUAGUGUACUGCUUUUGACCAGCGCUAUGUAGAGAACAGGGUGCCAUUUGGGACAUAGUCUGUUACCAUUACUGUACCAAUGACAUUCUACUGAGCCUGAUGUCCAUGAGGAUGGAGAAUAUCUGCCAGUUUUGGGACCAUGUGUGCAUCUGUCACUUUUUUGUGUUCUGAUCAAAAGUGUUAGCAUGCUAACUGUUCCUGUAGACUUCUAGUCUUUGUGCUAAGCUAGUUAGCAUUUUCACACACAACGUCCUCUAACUUCCAUCAUACUAGAUGCAGAUACAUAAAAAUGGCAUUCAUGAAUUCAUCAGACUGUGGGAGGCACACAGUACUAGGCGCACAGUAGAGCCAUGACUACAUGGAACUCUAGUCCACAUCAAGUAACUGAUGCAAGCAGUAAAAUGUGAUUUCAAAAACAGACAAAAAAAACACCUUAUGGAACGACAAUAUAAACAUAGGCACAGAAACAUGCAUACACAUGGAUUUAGUACUGUAGAUAUGUGGUAUGGGCCUGAGGGCACACUGUGUUGUGAAUGUAUUGUUUUAAUGUUUUAAACUGUAAAAACUGCCUUAAUUUUGCUGGACCCCAGGAAGGCAGCAGCUAAUGGGGAUCCAUAAUAAAUACAAACCAACUAUGGAAGUGUAUUGUAGCUCAUUCGGAGGUAGCCUCGACUGGGAUUCUAACCUCGACCGGGGGUCAAACGUCUUGACGAACUUGC